UUGCAAGAGUCCUUACCGAAAAAUAUUGUCACAAAAGGAGUUUCCUCGACGCUCAGCUCCCAUCUGUCUGCUCGCAUGGCUGGAGAAGUAUUUUCCAUGGCAGGGACCUUCUUAAGGAGAACCUGGGAAAAGCCAUCGGAAAUGGUCAUAAUACACGUAUCUGGAAAGACUCAUGGAUCUCUCUCCAUGAAUUCACAAAGCCUAUGGGGCCAAUUCAUGAGUCUGCACUCGAUCUAAGGGUCUCGGACCUUCUCACUGAUGACCUCCAAUGGAACAAGAUAAGAAUUCAACAGUUCCUACAUGAGUUCAGCUCGCAGAUCCAAUGCAUUAAACCAAGUAAGGUAAGGGCAGAAGAUGUCUUUGUCUGGCUCCCCCUUGAUACGGGAAUUUACUCUACCAAGUCAUGGUACAACACGCAAGCGAAACAGUGCUUGUCUCCGAGCCGUCCUCUUGCAGCGCCCACUCUCUCCCAACCAAACCUGGAAUUCAUUUGGAUAAAGGAUGUGUGGUGAACUAAAACAAGCCCGAAGCUCAAGAUCUUCAUCUGGUCCAUUAUACAAGAAGCCUUACCAAUUGGAGCAGAGUUACAAAGAAGGGGAAUGACUUCUGCAGCUCUCUACCCCCGCUGCAAGGAAGUUGAAACAGCGAUGCAUAUCUUUUUCCUAUGUCCCUUCGCUAAAGAAGUCUGGAACUUCAUACCUCUCAAGUCAACAGUUCACAUAGCUGAGGACAUAGACUUCAAAAUCGCAAUCCUUUGAUUCCAACAAGCCACCUGUCUCCCCCCGACAGGGAUUCGAUCUCCUAUCCUCCCUUGGGUAUGUUGGUCCCUCUGGACAGCCAGGAAUAGGCUCAUCUUCGAAGACAAGAUCAAUCAUCCUGUGGAGAUAGCAACAAAAGGCUUACCAGCGGCCUAGAAUGGGAUCAAGCUCAAGAAGUAGAAGGAUCAAAGACCAAGUCUCACCCACCAAUCGGUCUUCCACCACCGCAAACGGAGGACUCGAGACCCGUAAACCCUUGCUUCAUAGACGCUGCUUGGGACGCCUCUUCAAAGAGAGCAGGUACCGCAUGGAAUUUGAUCGGAGAUCCCCCGCUUCUGACCCAGUCAGGCUCCCAGAUCUUUGAAUCAGUUAACUCCCUUCUUAUGGCGGAAUCACUCGCCAUAAGGAACGGCAUCGAGAUCUUGCUCCAGUCCGGAGUGCAUGCAACAACGAUCUUCUCAGAUUGCCUAACGCUCAUCAGAGCAAUCACCACCAAACGCCAGAUCAAAGAGAUCUAUGGUGUCCUCCAAGACAUCGCCAGUCUCUCCUCACGAUUUGCCUCUAUCAAUUUUCAGUUCAUCUCUCGUUCUCAGAACAGAAAAACUGAUGCUUUAGCUAAACAUGUCUUAAAAACCCAUUGCUGUUUUCCUUCUAUUUAACCUAGGCCUCGGACCCAAAACUCUUUUUUAUUUUGCUUAAUAUAUCCACUCGUUGCUAAAAAAAAAAAGAACAGUAAAACACACAAAAUUCUAAACAUCCAAUAACUGGUCGCCACGUAUGUAUGGUUAGCAAUCCCGCCUAAAUGGUAAAAAAACAAAGAUAUUAACAUUGAGAACAGAAAGUUCAAAAAAAGAAAAAAAACAUUGAGAAGCGGAACCGUCUUUUAUUUCAACCCUAAUCCUCUCUCUCUCUCUCUCUCUCUCUCUCUCUCUCUUCCUUCGUCUCUCCCCCACAGAAGACAGAACAGCAAACCCUUGCUAUGGACAACAGUGACCUCGCAUCCGAUUCAGAUAUGGUGAAGAAUCAAAACUUGGACGAUUCCGAGUAUGAUUUUGAGGACGACGAUGAGGAGGAGGAGACAGAUGUUCAUAACGCUAUGCCGUACUGGCUUCAGAUCAAUCCAGUCACCAUCAGGAAGGAAAUUCUUAAGAUAUACGAAACACAAAAAAUAAAGGCCAAGAAGUUUCUCAAGGACUUUCAAGGGAAGCUUACACUCUCAUACGAAUGGAUUCUCAGUGGGAACGAAUCAACCAGAGAUUUCGUCUGUUUAACUGCUCAUUUCAUUGACGAUAACUGGACCGUCAGGCACUGGAUCUUAGGGUUCCUUACCGGCGCUUUGAUACCUCUAGACGACAUCUACGUCUACCACUUCAGGAAAGCUGUUCAGGAUUUCGAGAUUGAGAACAAAGUCUCUACUAUACUACUCCCUAACCGUUACGGCUUUGACGAAAAGAAUGUUGAUGCUACCAGGAAGUGUAUGGAUAGGUCGGUUAACAAACCGGUUUUUGUGGUCUAUUGUUGUUCUGAUCUUUUCCGGUUAAUGGUUAACGAUAUGUACAACGAGUUUAGCUGGCAUUUGUACGAGGACGUUCGUAUGUUGGUUGGAUGGGGAAGUUUGUCAUCGACCAACUGGAAUGUGAGACUGUAUCAUCUCCAACAAGCUGUUGAUAUGCAAAAAGAAGAUGCGUUUUCGAAAGACGAGAUUUACGACGAUUAUGAUAAACCUUCUGAAGAAGAAUGGGUUAAGAUUCGGACGUUUUGUAGACUCGCUGGUGUGAUCCAUAAGGUUGCGGAGGAGAUUUUUGAGGGUGGGUAUUCAACGUCUAAUGUCUACUUCCACCUUCUUGCGGAGUUGAAGGUGAUGCUGAAAAGAGAGGUUGAUAGUGGAGGUGGUGAUUACUUUGUUGGGAAAGGUGAGAAGGUGUUGAAGUUGUUUGAUAAGUAUUGGAAUGAUAUGUUUCUUGUUUUGGCGGCUGCUUCUGUGUUGGAUCCUCGGUUUAAGAUGAACUACAUUGAUUUUUACUGCUCAAAGAAGGUGGACAGUGAUGAAGGGUCAAAAGCUGAGGCUGUUUUGGAUUAUUUACGUGAUGUGUAUGCUCGUUAUGCAGCUAAGGGUAUCUAUCACAAACCAAUAUGCCCUGUUGCUACAGUUGACUAUGAAGAAGAAGAAGAUGAUGAUGAAGAUUAUGGUGAUGAGGAAGAGAAGGAGAAGCCUGAUGCAUACGAGGGUUUUGUGUUGUUUAAAGAAUAUCUAAAGUUUGAAGGAGGAUGUUCAAGAGAGUUUCAAGAAUCAGAACUUGAUUCCUAUCUCAAAGAGCCGGUUUUGGAGUGGAACAAAGACUUCAAAGCAUUGGAAUGGUGGAGAGAAGAGAGUCAGAAGUAUCCUAUCCUUUCGCGUGUAGCACGUGACAUUCUCUCCAUACCGAUCUCACGUGCAACGUCGUACGAUGCUUAUGUUUCGGAGAUAAGAGAGCCUCCUGAGUAUGUUCUUUCUAUGGAUGCUAAAGCUACUAACGCCAUGGUGUGCGGCAGAAGCUGGUUAUCGCUCAUACCAAUUUGAUGUUGAUGGAAAAAUUGGUAAGAUCUCCUUUUUUUCUCUCCUUAUUAAGAACUUCAGAUGCUUUUCUAGCUAGCCUUCAUGAAACUUAAUAACACUGUGUUUUCGUUUCCCAUUUCUAUAUCAGUAGUAUUUAUUAUUUUUUUGAAGAGUUAUUGCACAAUCGUAUUCUUGUUGAGACUUGAGAAUCUCAAUGACAACUUUGAUGCCCAAUUCUUACGGAUUGCAUAAAGAAUAUAAUCACCAGAGAUUGUAACAUGUUAUAAAGGUUUCUAAGCAAGAUAAUAAAUACUUCACAACAAAACCUUACGUUCUCUUUAGGCCUUUGAGGCCAUCUUUUCAAUAAUCUUCAUCUGCAUUUCUUGAAUUUCAUAUCAUCUGUAAGUCUUCACUUUGUAUAUGGUUCAAAAUAUCUCUCCUUCCUUUGAUACAUAUAUCUUCAUGAAUUGGUUGGUCACAUUCUUAUGUAUAUACAAUUACAAAACCAUGAAAUAUCAAUUAUAUAUUUUGAAUUAUUAGAGUUCUCAGUGACUAUGAUAUGUUACCCUAGUUAAUUAGCAUAACUUUCUUCAUAAUCAAAUCUGGUAGAGAAAACCAAAUACAAUCUAAUAUGAUUUCACUAUUUGAUUGAUUUUUAUUGGUUUAUUCAUAAUAUGGUCAUUUGGUUCAGUAAUUCCCGACCAGCUACGUUUCCUUAUAUCUCUGUUAUGCUUCUGUUAAUCACCAUGUUUCAUGAAUGUCGACCAAAAAAAUAUUAAUCGUCAACAUAUUUGGAAUUAAA